GGAAAAUUGUUUUUUACAUUUCGCAGCCUCUAAAUCACAAACUAAAUUCAGAUCUUGAUGUGAAACAUUUUAGAAACAUGAAACUUACUGCUGUUUGGACAGUUAUUAUAUUGAUGAAUGUUUGUUUUGUUGUUUAUCAACAUCACAUUUUUUUGUUUUUUGUCUGUAGUUUUUCACGGGACCUCGCUCAGACGAGAAGACCUGGUUUGAGGCCAGAGAUUACUGCAGGGCGAUAGGAGGAGACCUGAUGAGCAUCCACAGCGAGACAGACCUGAUUUCCAGAAGAGGUGGGAAAGCGUGGAUCGGGCUUCACAUCGCGGACCCAAACACUGGUUAUGUGUGGAGCGACGGAAGCCCAGUAAACUUUCAGCACUGGCAGGAGGGAGAACCAAACAACCACAACAACGCAGAAUCCUGCGCCGAAGUGCAGAUCUACAGCUGGGACGAGAACGGAUCCUGGAACGACGCCAACUGUGAAAGCUACAACGACUGGCUGUGUCAGAUCCGUGCAG